GUCUUAAUACCACAUACCUUGACGGACGGGUAAGACCGGAUUUGAUCAGUAAAAUGACUUGUCUUGUGAAAUGAAAACACGUUUUUCCGAAAGAAUAUGUUUGUUGUUUCCGAGCAACCAUAUUUCGAUGUCUGAAAUAGAUCUAGAACUGAAACAACAAGGAUAUACCCUUGGUGUUAUUCUUGGUGAAGGCUCCUAUGCCAAAGUGAGAGGCUCGUUCAGUGAGAAGCUUCAAAUGCGGGUAGCAAUAAAGAUUAUUAAUAAGAAGCGAGCGCCCAGAGAUUUUCGGGAGAAGUUUCUACCAAGAGAACUAGCUGUCUUCAAGACAGUUAGCCACCCUAACAUCAUACAAAUGUUUGAGAUUCUUGAAAUAGGUAGUAAGAUAUACAUUGUAAUGGAACACGCGGGACAUGGAGAUCUGCUCGAGUUCAUCAAACUGCGAGGAGCGUUAAGCUUCGACAUGGCACGUACCAUGUUCGUUCAGACGGCCACGGCCGUGGAAUACCUGCACAAGAAACACAUAGUGCACAGAGACCUGAAGUGCGAAAACCUGCUCCUGGACUCGCGCAACGUCAUCAAGGUCUCCGACUUUGGGUUUUCCCGGUUCUUUGAGCCCGGAGACAAAAUCAGGACAUACUGCGGUAGCGCCGCCUAUGCCGCGCCAGAAAUCCUGCAGGGAAUCCCAUAUGAUGCACCUUGCCAUGAUACCUGGUCGCUGGGUGUCAUCCUCUUCAUUAUGGUGUGUGCGUCAAUGCCGUUCGAUGACUCCAACCUGAAGCAGAUGAUUCGUGACCAGAAGGAUGGGCGUCUUCACUUCCCACGAGCGAAGAAACUUCCCGGACUGCUGAAGGAACUCAUUCUGGGAAUCCUGGAAGCAGAUGUCGAGAAAAGGUUAUGUAUUCCAGAGAUGAUGAACCAUCCAUGGAUACACAAUGACUCACAGAAUACUACUUGUGCUAUUCCUGGCAGUGCUAACACUGAUCUUGCUGAAGCAUCCAGUGCAAAACUCAAACCCUCCAGUAAUACCAGUUCUAGCAAGAGCAGUAGCAUUAAUUCUGACAUACCUAAUACUAUCAAAACUAAAAGUUCGAAUACUAAAUGCAACGAUUCCAAUGUCCCAUGUGCUCGAGCUACCAAUACUAAUAAUGCUAAAGCAAAUGUCGCUGGCGCCAGUACCAAAGCUGCUACUGCUAAACUUAUCAGUAGCCACGAAGGAAGUGCCAGUACUUCUCCAGAAAUGAGAAACAAACUUUGAACUAGCUAGUAUGGUGCACAUACUGGAAUAUAAACACACCAAUAUCAUGUAGUUCAUAUGGUUAAUCAUAAGAACGUUUUGUUUAUUAUUGGGCAAUUUGACAUACUCAGCAAAUUGCGUCUGAGCUUGCAGUUUAGUAUUCAAUAUCUCACAGCUCGUUUAUUUGUAUGUGAGGUUAUAUUACAUUUUUUUAUUUGUAAAUGUCAAUAAAUCGUGCUAUUGUAAUUAUUUUAACGUAUUAGAAUUACAUAUUAUUCAUGGGAAAAAAAUCACCUAAAUACCUGGUUGGCGUUUAAGAAAGACUGAAUCGAAUUUAAAAGUGUGAUACACUUGUUGUAUAUAUAUAUAUAUAUAUAUAUAUAUAUAUAUUGUGGUGUUGAUGUGAAUCAUAAGCACACUGGAAAGUAAACGUGUAAUGCAAUUGUGAUAUUACACUUAUUACUGUCGUGAACAUGGGAAUAGCAAGCAACUUUGUAUAAUAGUAAUAUUGUAAUUGUUUAUUUACUGAUAUUGAAGUGGCGAUAUAUACAGAAACAAAAAUGCAUUCUUACUUUGCAUACUCAAAAACUACUUAAUUUAUAGUAAAGAUAUUCCAAAUGUUAAUUAUUCUGUACCAACUCCACUUGAUCAAGAUUUGUUGCAUGCAUUUUUUGCAGUUUCAUAGAUUACUUGUUGUACAAUUAAACAAAACCCAAUGUCUUUAUCUUUGCAAUGUUAAUUUCCAGCGGUUACAUUUCCAUAUACGUCAAGUUUACUAUGCUAAUUGAAUUUGUAUGAACUAGGUUUUACCCCCACCCCGUGAAAUAAAUAUACAAUGUGA